CCUCCCCGCCGGUCCUCCCAGUUUGCGCUGCCCGAGGUCCGUGUCUUCUAGCAAGAUGGCGGAACUGGGCUCGGGGUGACCAGACGAGAGGAGAAGGAAGCCGCCAGCGAGCCCUAUAGUAGUCGGUGACAGUGUGUGACAGCCAUAGUGUGCCCGCGCUGCCCCAUGUCCGUGUGACAGUGUCGCUCAUUCAUCCAGUGCUGUCACACGCGCGUCACGUCCCUGUGUGCAUGGCCCUGCUGGACUAGCUGGAUUGUGUCGGGUUCUCGCAUGAGUUCCCCGGACCAGAACCGGCGGCAGCAGCAGCAGCAGAGAGAGGGAGCCCCGGAGCCCGAGGAGAGGAGCGCGCUCAGCCCGGACCGCAGCCCCGGCGGAGACAGGUCUGACACCUCUAGAUUACCAGGCGAUCCUAAUUCAGAAAACCUAGAAAAUAGCCGAAUGAAGCGAGCAGCUGCAAAGCAUCUAAUAGAACGCUACUACCACCAGUUAACUGAGGGCUGUGGAAAUGAUUCCUGCACGAAUGAGUUUUGUGCUUCCUGUCCCACUUUUCUUCGUAUGGAUAACAAUGCAGCAGCCAUUAAGGCCCUCGACUUAUAUAAGGUUAAUGCAAAACUCUGUGAUCCUCAUCCCUCCAAGAAAGGAACAAGCUCCUCUUAUCUAGAGAACAACUCCAAAAGUGCCCACAACAACCCGUGCUCGGAAAGAAAGAUGAACAAGAAGGAAGUACACGGACCCAGGGAUGACUUCAAAGAUGUGACUUUCCUCUCUGAAGAAAAGGUGUAUGAAAUUCUUGAACUAUGUCGAGAACGGGAGGAUUACUCUCCUCUUAUUCGGGUGAUAGGUAGAGUGUUUUCCAGUGCUGACGCCUUGGUUCAGAGCUUCCGAAAAGCAAAACAACAUACUAAGGAGGAGCUGAAGUCUUUACAGGAGAAGGAUGAGGAUAAGGAUGAAGAUGAGAAAGAAAAAGCAGCUUCAUCUGCUGCUGCUAUGGAAGAUGAUUCUGCAGCUUCAUCCUCCAGACUGAAUGAUGGUACACAGGGAGAUAACAAUAUACCGAAACUAGGCCCAGAAGAAGUAUCUCUAGACAUUGAAGCAGUUAGACGGGUCUACCACACGUUACUUUCUAAUGAGAAAAUAGAAUCUGCCUUUCUUAAUGCACUUGUGUACCUAUCUCCCAAUGUCGAAUGUGACUUAACUUAUCAUAAUGUAUAUUCAAGGGACCCCAACUAUCUCAAUUUAUUCAUAAUAGUCAUGGAGAAUUGUAAUCUCCAUAGCCCCGAGUACCUGGAGAUGGCUCUACCAUUGUUCUGCAAAGCUAUGAGCAAAUUGCCAUUGGCGGCGCAAGCAAAGUUGAUCCGGCUAUGGUCAAAAUACAGUGCCGAGCAGAUAAGAAGAAUGAUGGAAACGUUUCAGCAACUAAUAACUUACAAAGUGAUAAGUAACGAGUUUAACAGUCGCAACUUGGUGAAUGAUGAUGACGCCAUAGUGGCUGCAUCAAAAUGCCUGAAAAUGGUUAACUAUGCAAAUGUUGUCGGAGGAGAGAUUGAGACAGAUCACAAUGAAGAGGAAGAUGACGAACCCAUCCCAGAAUCUAGCGAGUUAACCCUGCAGGAGCUUUUGGGAGAGGAGAGAAGAAAUAAGAAGGGGCCCAGAGUAGACCCCCUUGAAACAGAACUUGGUGUAAAAACUAUUGAUUGCAGGAAACCCCUCAUCCCCUUUGAAGAAUUUGUUAAUGAACCACUCAAUGAUGUUCUUGAAAUGGACAAGGACUAUACUUUCUUUAAAGUAGAAACUGAAAAUAAAUUCUCUUUUAUGACCUGUCCCUUCAUCCUGAAUGCUGUAACGAAAAAUCUGGGACUGUACUAUGACAACAGGAUCCGCAUGUAUAGUGAAAGAAGAAUCACCGUGCUUUACAGUCUUGUUCAAGGACAGCAACUCAAUCCAUACUUAAGGCUUAAGGUUCGAAGAGAUCACAUCAUUGAUGAUGCUUUAGUCAGGCUAGAGAUGAUUGCUAUGGAAAACCCGGCAGACCUAAAGAAGCAGUUGUAUGUGGAGUUUGAGGGCGAGCAGGGAGUAGACGAAGGAGGAGUUUCCAAAGAGUUUUUCCAACUGGUUGUUGAGGAAAUAUUUAACCCUGAUAUAGGCAUGUUUACCUACGAUGAGUCCACAAGAUUCUUCUGGUUCAAUCCAUCUUCAUAUGAAACUGAAGGACAGUUUACGCUCAUUGGAAUUGUUCUGGGCCUUGCAAUUUACAAUAAUUGCAUUCUAGAUGUGCAUUUUCCAAUGGUUGUUUAUAGAAAGCUGAUGGGGAAAAAAGGAACGUUUCGUGAUUUGGCCGAUUCUCACCCUGUCCUCUACCAAAGUUUAAAAGAUCUAUUGGAGUACGAAGGCAACGUUGAAGAUGACAUGAUGAUGACAUUUCAGAUAUCUCAUAAUGAUCUCUUUGGAAAUCCACUGAUGCACGACUUAAAAGAAAAUGGAGAUAAAAUCCCAAUUACAAAUGAGAACAGGAAGGAGUUUGUCAAUCUCUAUACGGAUUACAUUUUAAAUAAAUCUGUGGAGAAACAGUUUAGGGCUUUCCGGAGGGGAUUUCACAUGGUCACCAAUGAAUCCCCUCUCAAAUAUCUGUUUAGACCAGAGGAAAUUGAACUGCUCAUCUGUGGAAGUAGGAACUUGGACUUCCAAGCUCUUAAAGAAACAACUGAAUAUGAUGGAGGCUACACCAGAGAUUCUCAAAUUAUUAGACAAUUCUGGGAUAUAGUACAUUCAUUUACCGAUGAGCAGAAAAGAUUGUUCUUACAGUUUACAACUGGCACAGAUAGAGCUCCUGUGGGUGGACUAGGAAAACUAAAGAUGAUUAUAGCCAAAAAUGGCCCAGACACAGACCGGUUACCAACAUCUCAUACAUGCUUUAAUGUCCUCUUACUUCCGGAGUAUUCAAGCAAAGAGAAACUGAAAGAGCGAUUAUUAAAGGCUAUCACGUAUGCCAAGGGAUUCGGCAUGCUGUAACAUGCAAGUCAAAGGAAGCUUAACGAAAGGGAUAACAAUCCGUGGUAUUGAAGUCCCUAUCCACAAAGGCCAUAAGAUAGUCAGCUACAUGUAGUCAACUGUAUGUGUGCCUCCCUCCUCCACUGGGACAUUGGGCUGGAACAGCAGAUUUCUGCUGCUUAUAUGAACAAAGUCUUUCUCCCUCCCCUUGCGUGAAAGUGUUGUACAAUCUUUCACAUGUAUGUACAGAGAGGUUUUCCUAAAUAUUUAUUUUAAGGGUUAAAUCACUUUUGCUUGUGUUUAAUACUGCUUGAAAUUGAGCCUACUUGAGUCUUCGACCGAUACUCUCAUGAAAUAUGCUAUCAUUUACAGGAAUUUCAAGACUUUCAAGUUACGGCUUCAGUUUGUCCUGCAUCUACUUAAAUCAUGAACUGUUUUUUCUUUCUCUUUCUUUUUUUUUUCUUUUUACCUCCUCCCCCUCCUUUUUUUUCUUUUUUUACAGUUUGCUUAUAAAACUUGAAUUGAUGGAAACAGUGUGAGACGAUUACUGCUGUUCUAGCCCCAAAAAUCAUGUAGUCAUUAAAGAUGGAAGGGAGUACUUGGAAUGUUAUACUACAGCCUUGCAACCUUUUACUUUAGCCACAGCACAAAAAAAAAAUACAAAUUAAAGAUAUGGGAAAAAAAACAUUUCAUAAUUUGUUGUCUUCACGUCUUGUAAGGUAUAUUGUGUUUCAUUAGGAGAUCCUUUAUCUGGGUCUGUGAAAGGGGGUAGAAUUUAGCGCUUUUACCUUUUUUUUUUUUUUUUUUUUUUUUUUGAUUUGUGUUUACUGACAAGUGCAUUUUCAGCCAAACUAUGUACAGUAGAUGGUGGGAUGUCUGAGGAAAAAAAACCUAAAAUGAACAUUUGCACCCUAAAUGAAAAAAUAAGCUUGUGAAAGUGCACUUACAUGAGAAAUAUGAAUUGCAUAUUAAAUAAACCUUUUAAAUAGACAAUCCAAAGUCUUCCCUA